AUGGAACCCGAGAAAGCCAUCGUUGAACACCUCGAGGGAGAAGACAAGCUCGCCGAAACCUCCACCUCGGACGCGUCGAGAGAAGAUGUUCACCCCAUCAUCGAUCCCGAGGCGGAAAGGAAGGUCGUCCGAAAGUUGGACUAUGUACUUCUACCCCUCUUCACUGUCAUCUACUGUCUCAACUUUAUCGACAGAACAGCGAUAGGAAAUGCUCGGAUUGCAGGUCUCGAAAGCGAUAUCGGGAUGCAAGGCUAUGAUCUGAACAUUGCACUCACGGUUUUCUAUGUCUCUUACCUUGUUUCCGAGGUCCCUUCAAAUCUUGCCCUCAAACACUUUGGGUCGAUCUGGAUCGCAUUCCUGGUCAUUGGUUUUGGAGUUGUUGCCAUCGGCUCAGCGUUCAUGAAGAGCUUUGAGGCGCUUCUCGUGACUCGUGUGUUCUUGGGACUGACAGAAGGCGGGACCCUGUCAGGUCUAGUAUACUUGCUUGCCAGGUUCUAUCGAAGACAUGAGCUCGUGAUGAGAAUUGGCAUUUUCUUCGGCUUAGCGCCGUCUCUUGCUGGAGCCUUCGGCGGUUUGUUAGCAUCUGGUCUCCUCAGCAUCCCAGACUUCGGAAUAGUUGCAGGAUGGAGAAAGAUAUUCCUUAUUGAAGGCGUUCUGACCACCGCUGUUGGGAUUUUCCUUCUCUUUUUCAUCCCUGGAGACCCGACGACAACGAAGUUGUUGAACGAAGAGGAGCGAGCUAUCGCCAUCGCCCGGCUGGACGCGGACCAAACCGUGAAAAUGGGUGGCAAGAAAGAAAGGACGAGUCUCAAGCUCGUCAUCCAGUCUUGCAAUCUCCAUACGAUCGUGUGCUCGCUGGUCUUCAUGAUGAUCAACAUUUCCUUCCAAGGCCUUAGUCUCUUCCUGCCUACGGUUGUCAGAACCCUGGGAACAUUCACCACCGUCGAAGCACAGCUGCGAACUGUGCCACCCUAUCUCAUGGGAGCUAUUUGGGCUGUUGUUAACUCGUGGGCGAGCUUCCGCAUGCGACAGCGAUGGCUUCCCCUUCUCUGGUCGUCUGUCCUUACGAUCAUCGGGUACGCGAUGUCCAUUGCCACAGCGAAUCCUGCUGCACGAUACGCAGCAUGCUUUAUGAACAUCAGUGCUGGGGUUCUCAUUGGUCCGAUGGUUCUUACUUGGGCAACGGACAACGCGGCGCCUGACACGAUGCGGGCUAUGGCAACGGCUCUCGUUCCAGGAAUCGGACAGCUAGGGGCCAUCAUUGCUGUCUGGACGUAUCUCCCGACGGAUGCCCCGAAUUACCGCAGGGGCAACUCUCUGAACCUCGGGACGACAUGUACGAUGUUCGCCUUGAUCUUUCUGCAGGGUUUCUACAUCAUGUGGGAGAACAAGCAGCGCGAUUUGGGGAAACGCGAUGAUCGCGUGAAAGGGAAGACGGUGGAAGAGCAGCACGAGCUGGGGUACCUGCACCCGAAAUUCCGUUAUCAGCUUUAA